AUGGUUUGUACAAGACCUGAUCUAUGCUUUGUCGUAACCAAGCUAUCGCAACACCUGUCUAAGCCCAUGAAAUCUCACUUUAACAUUGCCAAACAAACACUUCGUUACCUUAAAGGUACUCAGUACAGGGCAUUAAAGUUUGUCAAAACUGACAAUUUGGACCUCGUCGGAUAUAGUGAUUCUGACUGGGGAAUUGCUCAAGACAGGCGUAGCAUUAGUGGUUACGGAUUCAAGCUGAAUCAUCAGUCUUCACUUAUCUCAUGGAAGAGUAAAAAGCAACCAGUUGUGGCACUAUCAACAUGUGAAGCAGAAUAUAUCGCUUUGUGUCUAGCCUCACAGGAGGCCUUAUUUCUCAAACAACUGUUUUCUGAUAUGAUGUGUUUUCAAACAAAGUCUGUAAAAGUCUAUGUUGAUAACCAGAGUGCCAUUUGUCUUGCCAAAAAUAAUGUGAGUAACCAACGUUCAAAGCAUAUUGACAUAAAGUUCCACUUCGUAAGAUCAGAAGUUGAAAUAGGAAAUAUCGUUGUGGAAUAUAUUCCAACAGAAAUUAAUACAGCUGAUGUAUUCACUAAACCUUUCAGUAGAAACAGAAUUGACAAACUCUUACUGUGUUGA